UCUCAACUCUCUGUCUUCUCCUUCUCAAUGUCAAAAAAACAGUCCCUCGGUCCAAUGGAGACACCAUCAUCUGGCAAAAGUGUUGAUUGGAUCAGCAAACUCCCCAACGAUGUAUUGCUCAUGAUCUUAUCGAGACUGACCACAGAAGAAGCGGUAAGGACGUGCGUUGUGUCGAAACGAUGGGAGCAUGUGUGGAAGCACAUGUCUCAUCUAGUCUUGGACAUGCGAAAGAUUAUCAAUUCCAGAGAGAUGCUCGAUGUGAGGCAUCGGGUUGCUACCUUGAUGACAAAGGUUAUAAACAAUCACCGUGGACAUCUAGAGAGCUGCGUAAUCGACCACUACCCAUGCACGAUGCUGAAUACUUGGACUCAGUCACUCACCGGCGUAAAACACACCAAGCAUCUUAUACUUAGACGCCAUGGACUAAUGAACCAGAUACUAGAAUUAAUCGACCUUCCCUCAGACUCAUUCUCAUAUCCAAGCCUCACAUCCCUCUCGCUACAUGAAUACAUACUUAAGACCUCACAUUCUUUCAACAACUGCCAAAAUCUCAAGACCCUCAAACUCCAUUGUAUCUUAGCCUCCGAGGUUGGAGUCUUUAACCGAGUCUUGGCAUCUUGCCCUUCCCUGGAGGUUCUUGUACUAGACAUCUCUUGCUCUAAAAAAAGUGGUCCUCUCAAGAUCGACAACAACAUAUUAAAGCUCUUGCAAGUGUCUUGCGAUGAAAUUGAUGGCAUUCAAGUGUCAUCACCUAGUUUGCAUAUACUCGCCAUCGAUCAAGAUUUCUCCUGUGGCAGAGAUGAAUUUGUUCUCACGUCCCCUCGACUCCAGUUUUAUCGAAACUUUUGGCUUACAGGGACAUCAUUGACUCACAUAAGCUACAACAUAUCACAGGAGGAAAAAAACAGCGGGCAUGAAGAAUUUUUGGUCAACACAUCUGAGCUGUUAAGAAUAUCCUUGGCUGCAUCCUUGUCGGUGAGUGUAGAUUUAUUGAAUCCAAGAGAAGUUGAGAGGUUAAGACAAGUCUUACUUCUAUGGACACGUGGAUUAAUGGUAGAGCUUGAGAUCUUAUUUAAGAAUAACAAUGCUCAUGGAGAAGAAAAAGAUGAGUCACCACAGAAGAAGUUGUUGGAGGAGAAUAGCAAAGAACCGUUCCCCAUUGCUGUAUUUAGUGUGGAAACAGUGUGGAUGCAUAACUUCAGCGGUUCAGAGGAAGAGUUUGCCUUGGCGUCGUGUUUGAUCAGGCAAGGGACGGUGGUAAAGAAGAUGAUGAUCAAGACGACAUCCCUUUCUGCAAGGAAGAAGAUGGAGAUAGAAACGGCAGUGGCCAAGCUACAAGCACUUGUAACGAAAAGUCAGUGGCAGCUUACCAUCGAAUGUUUUUGA